ACCGUUUCUCGCCAAAUUGUCUCGCCCCAGCCGAUUUCGAGGAACGCCGGGGCCAACGCUGCCCUACUGGAAGAAAACGGACCGCCGAACGGGAACCCUCCGCCACGCACACAAGGACUGCCAGGCGUCCACUGCCGCCGUGCCAGAAGCUGAGCGCAUCUUUCGGAGUGCGAAAACCUGCGUUCUUCGCCCCAUAGCAGUCGUUCCCAGCCAGACGGCAAGCACUGUUGCAGCCUCGAGCACAAGUCUCCCCUCGCCUCCGCCGUCCCCGGCAAUCCUUGGUGUCCCAUUUGUGUGUCCCAGUGGAUUGCCAGUCGAGGUACGUGGUGGCAUAAAGUCAAAACCAAUGUCCCCGUCUCAUCUUCCAAACAGUGAGGCAGCGUUUCCUGUUGAGUGGGUUGGUGAGUCUGCGGCGCCAUAUGCCGUUGCGUGGACAAGGAUACAAGGCAACGUAAAAUCGGAACCAAAUUCAUCAUGCCGUCUCUCCAAGAGCAAGGCGGUCUCUCCUUUCAAGUGCAUUGAUUCUGUCGACCCUGUGAGCCUGCCACUGUUGAGUGCAGUACCUUCCUCAAGUUUGCCAAAUGCUGACGAUACUGGUCUCGCUUUGCUCGUCGAGCCAAGCCCACCGAAUCGCCACUGCAUGCCUUCGGUGACCCCUGUGCAAAAAAAGUUUGCCACGAGAACUUCACCACAUGGAAGUCCAGACUGCGCAGGCGAUGGGUGCACCGACAGUGACGAGUCGAUGACCAUCGCCUCGACACCCACGGUCAGCGAGUCCGAUUCGGAGUCUGGACUCGACUCAGAUUCCGGCAUCAACGAGGGUGCUCCUAGCAAUAUGGCAGAUAAAAGUGGGUCGCAGGGCAGUCUCGAGUCCAGCUGGCUCGCCAGGAAGCGUCAUCUAAACAAGCACGCGUCGGCACGAUACCGGCGAAAUAAAAAACAGCGGCUCAGCAAAAUUGAACAAGAACUCGCCAAGCUUUCAGCAAGGAAUGCCAAGCUCCAGUUGCAGGUAAAGUCCGCCGAGGCUGAAAUAUCCUUAAUGAAGGGUGUGUUGGUGGAUAUAUGUAGAGCUAAAGCUCCCAUAAAUCUGUAUGUCAUCACUUCAUCGAAUGACACGUGAAGUAUGUAUAUAUAUAAAUACUUAAGCACAAGUGCUUUUUAUUGUAACACUUCAACUCAAGUGAGAUGCCAAUUCAACAGCAAGUGUUGAAGGUCUAUUCCUCUUUAUAUACCUGUUUCUGUUAGUUGCAGGAGCCACUACUGUGCCAGCUAGUAGUAGUCAAGGGUAUGAAAAAAAAAGAUCAUCUGGUGAGGGAAGGUCGCAGUAGAAAAAGAGUACACUCACCAACUCAAAAUAAAACAUAUGUUGACAUUUUCAGCGUCUUAAUCGCAAAAGGAAAUGUAUAUUGGUGAGUGUAUGCUUUCCUCUACUAUCACCUAGUAGUGUUCAGUUGAAGCACUAGAACUGGAGUCGAGGUAUGAAGAACCAGCUUGCCUGUUAUGUGACUUGCAGCAGUGCUUAAAGCCUCCCUUCAAUUGAGGGGAAUCUCCCACACAUACCUGUGUAGGCUGCUCAUAUGUAUAUCUGUAUACGUGAUGUAUGUCUUCAUAUAUGUAUGUAUUCAGAUACCUACAUAAGGUACAUAUGUAUGUACUUGUACUAUGUAUAGCCAAUUGCUGGGUGAAAAAAGGCUAGAUCCCCUGGUAGUUGAGCCGAGCCCUCUCACUAUAAACCCCCGAUUUGCAGGUUUUAACGAGGGCACGCUGUCAAGAGAAAAAAAAUAAAAAGGUAGAUGCAGGACAAGGGCGAACUCGUAGCUGAAGUUUAUUUACAACAGACAACAUACAAAAGAAACAAGCAAGGUGUGCAGAUCGCACCUUCCUCUCUCCGUGUAUGCUUGCCAAAACCUGCAAGUAUGAACUAGCCUUGCCUGGCAGCAGCACAUUUCUUUUGUGCUACAGAAUUAGUUAUCUUGGCAGAGCAAGUUGUUGGGCGAGUUUGCACAUGUUUGUGGAUACAAACAUGUGCAGACUAACAUGAAGUAGUAAAAAAGCAAGGAAAGAGACGGGACAAGUUGUGAGUGAGGAUUUGUCCUGUAGUCUGUUUUUGUACUGCUUCGUGGUCCUCUUUUCGUAUUUGCGAUUAUCUUGCGAGUGAGAGAAGCAUAAUUGGUUAUGAGAAGUGAAAAAAAAAAAGUUCCCUAGAGUGUGCCAGUUCCUCGAUGAAUUUGAAUGAUGAUGAAUGAUGCUAAUGCAACUCAGCAGCUACUUCCCAUAGGCUGUUAAUGUGUUCUAGUUUGUUGAGCUCGCAUUGUACGUACACCUCUCACAGCCUUCCAGAAGUGAUGUUUUAAUGUUUAUAGGUUUGUUGUGUCACUUGAAAAUAUACAUUUGCAUUUUGUCCGUCAGCAUCUGUGUAAGUCAUCGUUUUUUUCAUCUUUUGUAAGACAUUUUUUUUUUUGUGCUGAUUGCACCCCACCCCUCACCUUUUUUUUUUUUUUUUGCUCAGUAUGUCUAUUUCUAUACACUCCUGUGACAUCCAUGCUAUGUGCAUAAAUGGAAUAAAGGCAUGCGUUUGAACAUGUGCUUUAA